CAUACUCCCACAGUCCGUCUAUGGUGCUGCUCCUCAAGAGAAGUCCUCGCCAACCUUGAAAAAAAGGAAAUCAGUGGAGCGGGGGAAAAACUAUAUUAAAAAGCCCCUUAAUGCAUUCAUGGUAUAUGCAAAAGAGCAGCGCCCAUUUUUAAAAAUUAUUUAUGCAGACAAAGAUAGUGGCACAGUCAGCAAACUCCUGGGACAAAUGUGGCAAACGCUCACAGUCGGUGACAAAAUAAAAUAUUUUGAAGUGGCACAGCGACUGGAACAGGAGCACGCAAUAAAAUAUCCGAACUGGUCGGUCAAAGACAACUACGGCAAAUCAAAGAGGACAAAGCGUUCCAAUGCAGCAAGUUGCAUGAGCCAUCACCCCACUGCCACUCUGGUCGCUGCCUAUCCGGCGGCUGCCACUCCGGUCGGUGCCUUUCCGGUGGCUGCCACUCCGGUGACUGUCCCUCCGAUCGCUGCCUAUCCGGUGGCUGCCUAUCCGGUCACUGGCUAUCCAGCUGCUGCCUAUCCGGUCGCUGCCUUUACUGUUGGUGCCGAUCAGAUCUCUGGCUAUCUGGCCAGUGCCACUACUGCCCGGACACCGGCCCCCACUCCAGUAGCUGCCCCAGUCACCAAUCCACCUCCCUCCUCCUCGGACUUGGCAGCGGAGCUCACAAUGCCGCCCAGCCUUGAGCAGGAAUUUACUGAAUUGUUGGAAGAGCUGGCAAAUCAGCCGUUUGAUCAAUGGCCAGAUCUCCACAUUGAUCCAUCACUUUUUGAUUUGUAA